AUGGCGCAAGGAGCCAACGCGUUUGCUCUCUUGCCCGAUGACAACGACGGAGAUAUUGAUGAUUUCAUCAAUAAGGUUGCUGCGCAGGCCAAAAUUAUCGAGGAGGAGGAAACGAAGAAGCAGCGGCAGCAAUACAAGGCGGCGGCUACGAACCACAAGGUGGACUCCCAGAGGGAGAAGCGGUUGAAUCUUGCUACAAUGCGCGCGAGGAAACCUUUUAUUCCCGGCUCUCUUUACAAGAGCCAGAUCGUGUUCAGGCAGCCAAAAGCCCAAGAUCAAGAAUCAGAAGACAAUGGAGCAGAAAAAGAGAAAGAGCAAGACGGUUUCCGAGAUGAUAGUAGAAUAGCGAAUGAUUAUCCCCGAGACCGGGAAGGGAAUUAUAGAUCGAAUUAUAGGAACAAUAAUGGAGGGUAUAAUAGGUAUCAGAGAUAUAAUGGAGGGGAGGGAGAUCAUUAUAGAAGGAAUAAUGAAAGGGGUGAUUUCUAUGAGGGAGGAGAGAAGCAAGGUUAUGUAGGAGAAGGAGGUUAUAGUAGGAAUUAUACAAGGGGUUGUUUUUAUCAGCGGAAUAAUGGAUACCAGGAGAAUGAUAAUGGAGGAGAUGAUGCGGAGGGCUAUAUUGCUUACCGUGGCCGUAGAAGAGGAGGAAGAGGCCGUUCCCGAUGGGGAGGGUUCAGUGAAAAUUAUAACGAUUCAUCUGAGCAUAAUAAUAACAAUGUUGUAACUGAUGAUCAGGUUCAAGUGUCUGAUAAUCCUGAACGGAAAGAAGUUGAUGUUGCUACAGAGCAGCCUGAAGCCAAUGGCAAUAAGAAUGACGAGGAUGAAGCGGCUGAAGAUUCUAGGGAGGGGGAGAAGAAAAAGAAAAAGAAGAACAGCAAAGCUGAUGAUUCUAAGUAUAACAAGAUUCCACAACAGGAAGAUAAAAACCUUGCAGCAAAUACAAUGACCUAUAGAGAAUAUGAGAAGAAGUUGCUUGAGAAGAAAAAGGCUUUGGAAGAACUGUUAAAUGCUGAGAAGCCAAAAGGUUCAGCGGACAAGGAUUUCGAGUCAAUGAUACCUAUUGGCAAAAAUACAGGAGAGGGAAGCAAACUAGUAGUCAAGCCUAAGGUUUCUGGCGAAAAUCUGAAAAUUAAGGAAAAACGGAUAAAAUCUAUGAAUAUUGAUGAGUUCCUUAAACCACCGCCACGUAGAUAUAGGGGAGAGAGAUAUGGCAAUGGCAGGGGUUGGGGCAAUGAUCGUUGUGGGUUUCAGAGGGAUGGAGAAAGAAACAAUGAUGGCUCUGAUAAUGGCCAAGAACUUUCGAGGCAACCAUCCGGUGCUCCUGCUCCUCCUAGCUUCGAGGACAUUGGUCAAUUUCCUUCUCUUGGUCAGGAACUUGCAAAUAGUUUUGAUCUAGCUAAUAGGAAGAUUUGA